AUGCAGCAGCGCUACGGUAUUCCGGCCGAAGACACUUACGGUGACGAGCUCCGGGCUCGCAUUGCGAAUGGCUGGCGCGUUCUGGAGCAACUCCGAAAUAUCUCGCGCAAAAUCCACAGGUCGAGCGCGUCGGACGCUGGUAAAUUUGGCAGCAAUCUCGACAUACGACGGAUCUACCCCUCACACAAACUCGAAGCCAGUCGCCAAGUGGAAGAUGUGAUCCUUGAACAACGACUGGCGUUCAUCAAUUCAAUGCCCAUCCAGAACGCCAAGGACUACAAGCUCAUGUUCAUGCUUCUCUCUUCUGCAUUCCGAACAUCCAUAUCGAACAUUGGCGAGGACCACAAGCCUUGGGUGUUUGACUGGGGCAGUGGACUCGACGGGCAAAGGCUGCUCCGCAAGGGAAGCUCUUGGCUGGCAUGGUUCGUGCUGGCCGAGGGUCCGGAUCUCUUCUGGAAGCAGUGGUGGACGUUGCCGACCGACUCGUCGAGUACAAAACACUACAUUCGCGAUCGAGCCAUCAACGCCUGGACGGGGACUCCACAGAAGCUGGCCGACCAUCGACGGGAGCACGCAAGAAGAAUCCAGGAAGCAAUCAACAACAAGGCGAACGUGGCAACAGAUUUCGUUUCGGUCAACCCGAUAGUGUACUUUACGCAAUACGCGGAGUGUCGACUGUCGAGGUGGAAGUCUGGGAUAUUACCUGUGGAGGAAACACUGUCUCAUGUUCCUUUUCAUAUCGAGUUUCGCUGUCCGGACGAGUUGGUACAGCAGUACCAGUUACUUUUACAAAAGGGAGCUACACAGACAAAUCACACCUUGGCGAGACCCUGA